AUACCAAGGAUAAUAACGCUAGAGUCUGUUUUGAACAUACCGGUACGAUUAUUCAAGCAUCCUUCUCAUUUCCUGAAUUGACUUCUCCGUCUGAUUGGUUAUGUCUAAUCAAAAUGGCGAUCCUCAUGUGAGGGACGAAUGCUGUUUACUCGUUACAUUUUGACCAUUAAUACCGGACAUAUAUCAAAUCAUCUCUGAAUCAGCCAUGUUAUCAAUCAUGGCUUUAAGAAGUGCUUUUAAGUCGACAUCUGUCGUUCUGCGAGAAUGUGGUGUUUUAUCCAGGCUGAAAGGAACCUGUGCGUCUCUCCAAUUGAAACAUGGGGCAUUCACCUCUGUCACCACAGGGCCUUCACACAGCAACAAUGAGACUGCAUUGACAGGUAUUGGGAGUUUCACCAUUCAGUCUGUGAGAAACUAUGCCCGUGUCGUAAGAAAGAAGAAGCCAGUGAUGACAAGUCAGUUGAGUGAUCUUCCUCCGACAAUGCUGAAAAUGGAAUAUGCCGCUGUUCCACUCGCUCAAACAGCUGAUGACCUUGUCAAAAGACUUCUGACACUGGAACUAGCAAGCCAUAGCGAGAUGUUGAAAUUGAAAACGGAGCAGCUGAUUGCAAAAGUCCAGAGGGAUGAAGCUGACCGCAGCUCUACGGAAGUCAAGGUGGCCAUUUUGACUUCCAAAAUCCGAAACUACCAGGAGCACCUGCACAAACAUACAAAGGACAAAGCGAACAAGCGAUGGAUGCUUAUGGCCAUUGACCGCAGGAAGAAGCUGCUCAAGCACCUCAGGGUAACGCGCUACGACGCCUUUGAACAUGUCUGCCAGCAGCUGGGCAUCACCUACACUUUCCCUCCGGAGUACUACAGACAUGCCACCCGACGCUGGCUGGCCAAGAAGGCCCUGUGCAUAAAGGUCUUCAAAGAGGUGCAGAAACAGAAACUGGAGCAAAGGAAGAAAAUUAAGCAGACCCCUCCCCCCACGAUGGCAGAACCAGCCAGGACAGCAGCUACAGGAACCCAAUAAACUGCCACAGUAUCCAAUGUCUGUCUUACUCUAUGCAUUCAGUCUUGCUCUCAAUGGACAAAUUAGUUUUGCAUGGCCCAGUGAGCGGGGUUUGCUCCUUUUCGACCAUUCCAUUUGUCCUAAGGCGAAAUCUCCACCCACCCAUGCCACCAGUUCAUGUCAAAUUAAUUUUCCCAUGUAUUGUUAUACUGUAAUAAGAAACAUGAAUAACUUAUUGUCUGUAGUACACCAAGUCUUCAUUCUUCUUGUCCCUUCUGCAAGUAGAUGCAUCAUCAAAUAAAUGCAGUGACGCAGAUAUGUGGUUUUGUCUAUGUGCUCUGCAUAUGUGACCUGAGAGUGUCAAAUAAACCCACAAUGAAUCAUUUAAUAAAAUGUAUUGUAUAAUCCAUUUGUUUGCUCUCUUUUUAAAAAACUUUUAUCACAUAUAGUCACUUGUAUGGUGAUAUGUAACUACCCCAAUUGAAAGAGAUAAAACACUUCUACUUGAUGCUGAUUAAAAUGCUAAUGAAAGAUGAGAAAAAAGAACAUUACGCCCUAUGGUUGAACUGUGGUUGAAACUGAAGUGUAAAAUUAAUCAUAUGAUGACUUUCCUGAACAUAGCUUGUAAUCGUGUUUACGAGAACUGAAAGAACAUCAGAUAUCUGGUGUUUAUCGACCGACCUAUGUUAAACCAAGGUUAUACUCAUGAUCUGUCACCUGUGAAUUGACCUUGAAACCUAUAAUACUGUGUAAUGGUGAGGUCAUUAAACAGCUUAACUGUCCUACUGUGAAUUUGGUGUUUUCACUGCUGUUGAGAGUUGUCUUGAGAAACAUUGUAGGAGUGUGUAACCAGUGCUUGUUCACAGCUUUAGUAACUUCCUGUUAGUGUAUUGACUCAGAUCAGGAGAGGCUCAGAGCUGCAGACAAGAUAGUUUUUAGGUGACUGAAGCUGACCCCAUUUGAUUGACAUGUCAAACCCAGUCAUCACCCACCAGCCAGGAGCAGGCUCUUAUGGGACAAAUGUGCAGACGGGCAAGUGGAGCACUGGUCUGUGCUCCUGCUGCAGUGACAUCCUAGUCUGUGCCUUGGGCUUCAUUUGCCCAAUAGCAUUAAGUUGCUACACAGCUGACAAGUACGGUGAGAACGUGUGCCUGGCCUGUGUUCCAGGAGGCAUGACAGCCAUGAGGACCCACAUGAGAUUGACCUAUGGGAUUCAGGGGACAAUAUGCAAUGAUGCAUUGAUGACCUGUUGCUGUGGAUUCUUUGAGACGUGCAGGAUGGCCCGUGAAAUUCGCAUCAGAAAUGGAGACGUUUGACUUGUACAGUCAUUUGAAGACAUUUUCAAGUGGAAGUUAAAUUAACCUUGUGUCACAUAUUGUUGAUACAAAUUGUCAAUGUUAUUCUAUGUACAUUUUUACUUUUGUAUUGUUUAAAUUUGACCCCUACCCUCAAACAGUACUGCUUAAAGAAUUCAUAGCACCAUGUAUGAACAUAAGAUCCACAAUAAAGUUAUGUUUUUUUCUUGUUUUCAA